AUGAGGGAGAAUCAGACAUGGGUCACGGAAUUUGUUCUAUUGGGAUUCCAGCUCAGCCCAGAGAUGCAGUUACUCCUCGUUGGGCUCGUCUCCCUGUGCUACGCCUUAACACUUCUGGGGAACGGGGCCAUCCUGGGGCUCAUCUGGCUCGAUUCUCGGCUGCACACCCCCAUGUACUUCUUCCUCUCACACCUGGCCAUUGUGGACUUAGCCUAUGCCUGCAACACGGUGCCCCAGAUGCUGUCGACCACACAAACAAUCUCCUUCAUCUCCUGCGUCUUGCAGACCUUUCUCUACAUGGCUCUGGGUAAUGCUGAGUGCCUCCUCUUGCUCAUAAUGUCUUAUGACCGCUACGUGGCCAUCUGCCACCCCCUGCACUACUCGGUCAUGAUGAACUGGAGAGUGUGCGCUGUUCUGGCUGCCUUCUCCUGGGUAUUCGCUUCCCUCCUGUCUCUCGUCCACGUGGUUCUCCUCCUCAGGCUGCCCUUCUGUGGGCCUCACGAAGUCAACCAUUUCUUCUGUGAAAUGCUGGCUGUCCUCAAGCUGGCCUGUGUGGACACCUGGCUCAACUUAGUUGUCAUCUUUGCAGUUUGUGUCUUCAUCAUGGUGGGGCCGCUCAGCCUGGUGCUGGUGUCCUACACGCGCAUCCUCAUGGCCAUCUUCAGGAUCCAGUCCGGGGAGGGCCGCAGAAAGGCCUUCUCCACCUGCUCCUCCCACCUCUGCGUGGUCGGGCUCUUCUUCGGCAGCGCCAUAGUCAUGUACGUGGCCCCCAAGUCCCGCCACCCCGAGGAGCAGCAGAAGAUCCUUUCUCUGUAUUACAGCCUCUUCAAUCCGGUGCUCAAUCCGCUCAUCUACAGCCUGAGGAAUGCAGAGGUGAAGGGGGCUCUCAAGAGAGUGCUGUGGAAACAGAGAUUGAUCUGA